CAGUUAAUUGACACGUUUUUAAACUGAACUCUCCAAUUUGAAUGGUUUGUGAAAUAAAAAAUCGCAUUUCCAGAAUUAAGGAUAGCCUUCAAAGCAGUCUUAAACUAUCAUUAAGCAAGUUCAGAGUUCCAUCGGCAUUUAUUUUUGAAAUAUUAGAGAAAACAGUGGACGUUUCGCUACACAUAAAGACAACUGUAAAAGCUUUACACGCAAUUCUCAGUCUGUAAACAAUUAUUCAUUUUUGUGUUUUCCUGCAAUGAAUAAGCUGAUAGAUGUUAAUAAACUUUAUAAAGAAGAUACAGAAUUGAAGAAAGAUGAUGUUGAAAUGCUUUUAAAAUGGUCGGAGCAACAAAGACAUUUUCCUAAAGUUACAGAACUGCAAGCAGCUCUAGCCCUUCACAGUUGUUUUUACAGUAUAGAGUCAGCCAAAAACUGUCUAGAAAAUUAUUUUACGAUAAGAACGUUAUGUCCAGAUUAUUUCUCAAGCUUCGAUCCUAGUAAAAAUGACCUUUUGAAACAACAAAUGAAUGUCAGUCUUUUGACUUUUCUACCCGGCACAACGAAAAAUGGGGACAGCAUAGCCCUUACAAGACUUAUGGACACGAACCCGGACGUUUAUAAUCCGCAGGUUGGCUCUAAAAUGUUCGAUAUGCUUAUGAUGCUGCGAAUGUAUACAGUGGGGCCCACAAAUGGUAUAGUAGUUGUCAUGGAUAUGAAGGGGAGCGUUUUUAUGCACGUGACAAAGAUGAAUUUGGGGGAGUUCAAGAAAUUCAUGGUCUAUCUGCAAACUGCUAUGCCUAUAAGAUUAAAGCAAGUCCAUUUUAUUAAUACUGUACCUUUUAUGGACAAGCUGAUGUCUAUGUUAAAGCCUUUUAUAAACAAGGACAUGUUCGAUAAGAUAAUUAUUCAUACAAAUAAUGAAAAUUUGUACAAGUAUGUCCCUCGUGAGGCAAUGCCCGUAGAAUACGGAGGCAAAGCUGAUUCAGUAGAUAUACUUUUUGAGGAGUGUAAGAAAUCUAUUUAUGACAAUUUAGAGUUCUAUGAAAUGCUGGAGAGUCAAGUGGUUGAUGAGAAUAAACGAGUAGGUCCUAGGAAAAAUGUCGAUAACAUGUUUGGUUUCGAUGGAACCUUCAAGAAGCUAGAAGUGGAUUAGAUUUAAACUACAUACGUUAUAAAUCAUUUUGUAUCGGUUGAGAAGUUUUGAAAUUUGUAAUUUUUAUAAAAUAUUAUUUUUAUAAUAAAGAAACAACCAAAAAUUA